AUGGGAGGGGAGGUGAUGACUGAUGAGGCGACGGUUCUUUUCAUGAGUGAGACUGCGUUCGCCAAAGCCCAGAAGACCCGAGCAUAUUACAAGCGGUUUCAGGUCAAGUACAAGAGACGCCGCGAUGGGAAGACGGAUUAUCGUGCUAGGAUUCGCCUGAUUAACCAGGACAAGAACAAGUACAAUACUCCGAAGUACCGAUUCGUUGUUCGCUUCUCGAACAAAGAUGUGGUAGCUCAGAUUAUCCACUCCACCAUUGCUGGAGAUCACGUCAUGGCAGCUGCUUACUCUCACGAGCUCUCUCGCUAUGGCCUUGAAGUUGGCCACACUAAUUAUGCUGCCGCUUACUGCACUGGACUUCUCCUUGCCCGGAGAGUCCUGAAGAUGCUUGAGUUAGAUGAGGAAUACCAAGGAAAUGUUGAGGCUAGCGGAGAGGACUAUACUGUUGAACCAGCUGACAGGAGGCCCUUCCGUGCGCUUCUUGAUGUUGGCCUUGUGAGGACCACUACUGGGAAUCGUGUUUUUGGUGCCCUCAAGGGUGCACUCGAUGGUGGACUCGAUAUCCCGCACAGCGAGAAGAGGUUUGCCGGGUUCAGCAAAGAUAGCAAGCAGCUCGAUGCUGAAGUUCACCGGAAAUACCUCUAUGGCGGCCACAUCGCUUCGUACAUGAGGAGCUUGCAAGAAGAUGAGCCCGAGAAGUACCAGACUCACUUCAGCCAGUACUUGAAGAGAGGGCUUGGACCUGACGAUAUUGAGGAAGUGUACAAGAAGGUACAUGCUGCCAUCCGUGCUGACCCCACCGCUAAGAAAUCUGAUAAGCCGGCCCAAACUCAGCACAAGAGGUACAACCCCAAGAGGUUGACUUUUGAUGAAAGGAGGCAGAAGUUGAUUGAUAGACUGAAGGCUCUGAACUCUGCUGCUGAUGAGGAUGAUGAUGAUGAGUAG